UUUGCAGAUCCCUGCUUAUGUUGCCAGCUCUCACUUCGGUCUUUUCCAUCGGACUGUUGGCCCAUGCGGCUUACCAAUAUCAACAUGAUAUAAACUGGUGGAUGUAUGCUCCAGCUUAUGGAUUAGCUGGAGCUGUUUGUAUAUUCCCAUUGCCAUCAAGGUCUCUAUGGCGAAGUUUAUCGUCUGUAGCAAUUGUGGGCGGCGGCCUUCUGAUGCUCUUUCUUGCUUGGACCUUCCACGGAUUGGAAGGCAGUCCAGGUUUGGAGCUCAAGGAAGCGAAAAACUUGUUACCGAUCGCUUUGGGAGUAGCGAUAACUACCGGUACACGUUUAUCGCUCGACGCUAAUAGAAAAAUAGUACAUUAUUUUAGAUCUCUAGUAUUGCUGACGUUCUUUGUACUUAGCAUUCUUACAACCGUAUACUCUAUCAAAUUUUACAUAAUGUGAAAAUAGGUUUUAUGAUUGUUCGUAUUUCAUCCUGUUUUGGGAUAUCAUGCAUGUAAAUAAAUUUAUCAAAUAGU